AUGGUCGUCGUAGAAAUAGAAACAGACACAGCAGGACGAUGGUUGAGCCAAAUGCGGUAUCAAUGCACUGCUAGAGACUUUAGUAGAAUCGUUCUAAACAGGAUAUUUCAGCUAUUCAAAAACUCACCCACAAAUCGCAACGCUUGGGCCAAAUCUUUCACGGAAUGGCAGCAGAUACUGAAAGAGCGGACAUUAAAACGGGUUAGAGCGCAUUGCCUGGAGGAAUUGAUUAUACCGGACAACCAUUUGAUUGAAAAGCAAUGA